GGAGCCUGGAGAGGGAACUCUUGUUAGUCAGCCUCCAACUUGGAGAGGAAGUUACCACCUCUUCCAAGACUCCACACGCACUCUUGAGAACGAAGCGCGGCGGGAAACAGUCCCGGCUGCUUGUUUGUGAUGUUUUCACCCAAGUUUUGAGAGAAGAUGAUGUGUUUGUGCAGAACUCUGGAACGUUUCAUUGGGAUAUGAUUUAGCACUUCAUGGACUGACUCGACCGCCGUUUGGUCACUGCUGAGUUGAUGUUGUGACCGCGCUCAAUGUUGCGAGGAGAGCUGAUGCAGCACUUCGUAUUGAGCACCGGGUACGGCUUCUCCCGUGCAGCUGCAUGCUGUUGGCCAAAGUUUAACGGGUGGCCAAAUGAACUGUUUAGCCUGAGGACCAAAGAUCACAAGUUCGCUCCAGCAGUGAAGUACAAAAGAAGUACCAGUGACUCUUUUCACAUCCCCGACCGAGUUGUCUCCUGACACGAUGCACUGCGACUGAAGACUUUGUCAUUUGAUUUAAUGCUUUUGAAGAAAUCACCAUGGAUGUGAAAAAGAAGGAAAUGGAUCUUCUGAGCAACAGCAUUGCUGCUUAUGCGCACAUUAAAGCCAACCCGGAGAGCUUCGGCCUGUACUUUGUGCUAGGUGUUUGCUUCGGACUGGUUCUUACACUUUGCUUGCUGCUCAUCCGAAUCUCCUGCAAGCCGCGCACCCGCACAACCUCCAACGGGGCCGCCUCAUCCACAUCCGAGAAAAAAACACCACGGGACGACGAGGACCAGGACAGCGACGACGAGGAAGAGGAUGAUGAGAGGGUGGAUGUCGAAACGCCCGCUCUUCUGCUCGCUACCAACACCGCCACGAUGGCCACAGAGAUCCCGGUGGGGAACCACAGCAACCACUCGGACGGGACGCUGAACGUGUUCACGUCGGCUGAGGAGCUGGAGAGGGCGCAACGGCUAGAGGAGCGGGAGCGUAUCAUACGGGAAAUCUGGAGAAACGGACAACCAGACAUCUUGGGUUCGGGAACAGGGACCAUCGGAAGAGUGCAUUACUACUAACAGACAACAAGCCUGAAGCCUUGUAUGCUUGUUGUGCAAUGUUAUAAUACCAACAAGUGUCUUGUUACAGACUAAUGAAUCCAUAUUGCCAAAACGAUGCAGUACUGGAGCUGAUGAGACUUGAAGUAUGGCGCUCGACAACAUAAAAUGCACACAUGUAACAAAACGUUAGGACUAAUCGGCCGUUGAAUGAAAUUUCAUGACGAACCUAAAAUGCACUAUUAUAUGCCGUUAACUUUGAUAAAACUGGCAAAGAUUGCUUAAUGAAGCACCUAAAGUUCAUUUAGCAGCUCACAGUGCAGUGAGCACUCGCAAACACACAGGAGUGUGUUGUUGUGUUCAGGUGCAACUCCAUGAGGGAGGAGAAAUAGCGUCCUGUUGAGGACAUAUGUAUGAAGGACUGUCCUGCAUAAAUCUGUUUUCAUUUAGAAACAAUCACACUUGUUGUUGUACUUUUUAGCUCUUGUAAACUGAAAUUUUGCUCUAAAGUCGAUUAUACCUUACUGCUUCUGGGUAGUUAAUGUUCAGUUUAUAUGGGUGAAGGUUUUACAGCAGGGGUGCCCAGGUCUGGUCCUCGAGAGCCCCAAUCCAGCUUGUUUUCCAUGUCUCCCUCCUUGAACACACCUGAAUCAAAUGGGCCAACCGGGCCAGGGAUGAGGAUGACUAAUCUCCUAAACCGGACAAGGGAUGAUGACGAGCGAUCUCCUACAGGGGACACUACACAUGCGAGCCUCCAAAGCACCCCAGGCCUUCCUUCCCACCCUUCACCUUUUGGACAUGAACUGAGACAAUACACUCAAAUUACUAUAUCCGAAAUCUCCAUGGCAAUCAAUGACUUUGAACGAAAUUUGUUAGACUAUCACUGGACUGAUACAUAACAUACUGCUUGUGCGACCUAGGUGGCAGGGGGACGGGUUCCCGAUAAGCUUCUGCUUUUCCGUCUCCCUUGUCAUUUCUAUCUUCAUCUUGUCUUUCUUUUGGAUAAACAAACUGAUGAUUUCCUUUUCUUUUUUCUUUUCUCUUUCUUUCCUUAUGAUUUUGAUGAUGAUGAUGAUGACAAUGACAAUAAAUUCAAUAAAUUCAAUUCAAAUCAGCUCAUCAGCAAGCUCGGCAGGAGCCUGAUAAUGAUCCUGAUUAUUUGAGUCAGGUGUGUUGGAGGAGGGAGAAAUGGAAAACAAGCUGGAUAGGGGCUCUCGAGGACUGGACUUGAGCACCCCUGUUUUACAGUGUUGAUGGUGAACACCCACAGGAGCAGGAGGGCCCAUAAAGGAAGUGACAUUGUUUGAACACAAAUGUCUUACGUAAUCAGUGCGGGCUGGAUAAUGUUACACUUAAAUUAAAGUUAAAAUGAAAAGGAAAUUAAAGCGCUAAACUAAAAGGAUCAGCAGAUGGUGCCUUUUGGGUAGAGAGAAUUUAUCAAAACAAUGUUGCCAGAGUCAAGUGUCAUCUGUAAAUGUUUUCAAUGUCCUGUGUGCCUUUUUAAAAUUGCAAAUGCUUAAUGGUAAUAAAAUAUGUGGGAAGAAUUAUGCAAACGUGUUCAUAAUUGACAAGUCAUGGUUGACUUGAGCCUCGUGCCUUUGGUAACUUAACAGCCAAUAGCAAGCCUGUUUUGCGGCGGCACCAACCAAUCAGAGUGAAGGUCUCAGUAAAUUGGUGUUUAUUUUUCUUUUCUUUUUCUCAUUUCAAACAAACAAACACAUUUCAAUAAAUAUGAAUUCAUUUGAGCGAUUUUUACCAUGAAAAUUAAUUAUGUGGUUACAUUACACAAAAAUAAUGGGUUUUGUUUAAAGUUAUUUGUUAGCUAAUGUCUAUCAAAACUCGCCAGCCAAUAGGAAGUCAGCUUGCUGCGAUAGUGUCGUCUCUUCCAUUUACCGGUAAUAAUGA